CGAAAGCGCCUUCCGGCUCGGUCCCCUUUCUCUCUCUUCCCCAUUCGUCUUCUCCCUUUUCUCCUCUCCUUUCUUCUCUUCUGUCUUUUGCUCGCUUUUGGGAACCCUAAGGAGGUCUUCAAGCGCAGCGACCUCGCUUCUUGCGGCGGUUCUGGGAGGCGUAGGGCGGGGGUACCAUUGCUUCUUCAUCGUCAUCUGCGGUCCUUGCGAUCUAUAUGCUGCAUCUGAUGCAAAUGAUCUUGCCAAGAAAUGGAAGGCGAUCAACCCAAAUCUUCCCCAGUGGGCAUGGAUUCCUUGUCAGAGAAUGGGUGUUUCAUGUAAUGUCAGUGAUUUUCUCGCUUGGAAAUGCCUAUUUUUUUAUAUUGUUAUUGAAUAUUUCAUUGCUUAACCUAAACUGUGGUCUUGUUUGUAAAUAUACUCAGGCAGAGGGAUACUUAGCACUUGAGAACAUGAAUCAGCUAAGCGCAAGCGAGGCACUUACUGAUGAUGAAAACUACUCUGCAGAAGAAGAGCCAUUUGACAAUGCUACCUUGGUCCAGAGCUACAAUGAUGACAUGCACAUUUAUGAUUUUCACAUAGUGUAUAGCUUUUCUUACCGGGUUCCUGUACUCUAUUUCCGUGGAUAUCGAUGUGAUGGCCAUCCUUUGCUCUUAUGCGACAUCGAAAGAGACCUUCCUCCAUACUCUCUGAAAAUCCAGAACGAAUCAAAGUGGACAUUCAUGACCCAGGAGGAACAUCCCUACUUACGUCGUCCAUGGUACACUUUACACCCCUGUGGAACCAGUGAUUGGAUGAAGUUGCUGCUAGGAGGCGAUUUGCCAUCAAAAAGCCCUGAUAUGCUGCACUACUUAUCGGCAUGGUUAUCUGUGGUUGGCCAGACAGUUGGAUUGAGGAUUCCCUUGGAACUGCAUGAUAAGUCUAUCUAGGAUGUUUUUGCGCAUCUUUUGCAUGUAGAGGUUAAGAAUUUUUUACAUAGAAGUUGUGGCCAUCAUAAUUAUGGCGAUGCUCAAAUCAUCCUCUCUGAAAAGUUCAGACUAAUGGAAUUAUUUAUUUUUUGUGGUGAAGUCCUAUUGUAUAAAUUCACCAACCAAUGUAAAACUAUCUUUUGCUUUUAUGAGAAUCUUGUAAAGUUUUUACUGAUAAGAGAGUGGUCCUUUCAUAUGAGAGAGGGUGUUGAGAGUGUAGCAACAAUUGCAUAUUGGAUAAGAAAAAGAAAAUUCUUCAUUGUACUU